CGGCUCUUAGAAAGUACAGUUUGUUACGCAUUUCUGUGAUGCAAAUCAUGGAUUUCAAAUAAUGAAACUUAUCUCGGCUAUUGUUAAGAAGAUGUAAAUUUCUCCGAAGCUGGUAAAGAAGGAUUUCUUUCAAAAUUUCAUUCAUAAUUUUCAAAACAGAGAACUUCACGGCAUAACAGAUAGUGUAUGGUCUUCGCAUCUGAUUGCAGAAACUCUUUUUUGCAAAUGAAUGCGUCUGACGAGAGGAUUUUGGUUUAUUGUGUACUGUAGUCAACCUCCUCGUGUGGUUUCUUGAAAACAAACCACACAGGAAAAGAUCUCAUGUAUCCAGUUAAUUCAUUGAAUUCAAUGCCCACGAGUCUUCUGGAUUACUUUCCUGAAGCAAAAGGGGAUGGCCUUAGAGUGACUUGGGCUCGUGGCACCAACAAUAAAGCUCGCCUCACCACUGCACUGAGAAGUGCUGCCAGUCUGGUAGAAGGAGAUGUAAGCAUGUCCUGCAAUAGUCGGUACCCUGUACCGAUAAUGUCUCAGUCGGCGUCUGUGCCAAGUGACCUGACGUUGGAAGAAUGGCUGCAAGAGGUGCUCAGGUUUAACAACAAAGGCAUUCAGCUAGAUUUUCAGUCCACGGAGGUGGUCGAACCCGCUUGUAGAGUUCUCGCAAGGGUCGCCGAUCACCUACGUGGCCCGAUUAUUCUGAAUGCGGAUAUUCAACUAGGACCGCACAGCUCUUCAGCCGUACCGGUGGAUUCCUGGACAUUUCUAACAUUGUGCCGGACUCGGUUUCCUAGGUCUAUCAUCUCCAUUGGAUGGACGACUGAUAUCUUACCUGCAACUUAUCUCAAAAUAGGGUAUACCCGUGAGUACAUUGAUCGUAUGGUUGCUCUGGUGAAAGAGUAUACGCUGAUGCAGCCCGUCAUGUUCCCAGUACACGCUUCGCUACUCAAAUACUCCAUUCCGGAAAUGCAGCGGUUGCUUUUCCAAGUUCCUAACAGCUCGCUUUGUGUUUGGUCCACCAAGGCCAAUCCAAUCGAAUCCAUCGACGAGUUGCUGGCGAUAAGGAAGUCCUUCAACAUCGGACAAGUAUUCUACAAGUUGCCAGAUGAACAGCUGGAAUGCUUUUUUUCCAACACUUAGUUGGAUACUUGUUGCAACUUUUAUUUUAUCCUAGAAUUUUAUAUCUCCCUCUAUCAGCUGUGCUUUUGUCUUUGUGAUCAAGGAAUUUUUCAAAAGAUUUCUGUGUAAAUGGAUUUUAAUUUGACUUGUGGUAGAUUCCAGAAAUAAAAAUUGAAAUCAAAAUUAAUUCAAUCGUAAAGAGACAUAAAUCUGUCAUUUUCAGUUGUCUCACGAGCAGUGUUUUACUGUAAUAAGAUAAUAUUAUGUAUAUUACUUAUUCAUCUUGAGCUCCAUAUAUUUACAUGGAAACACAUUAUAACUUAUGCAAGGAAGCACAUAUUAGCAUAAUUCUUUUGUAUUGUUACUUCUCUUGCUAGAUUUAAUAGGAAAUAAAUUUGAUUUCACUUGCUACAUUUUAGAGAAUCAAUUUUGAUGUGAAAAAUAUUACAGUUGAAAAAUACACUACUGUGAUACGAAUCUACGUCAAAUCGCAAGUAUGAUUAAUUAAAAUAAUUAACAUAAUCUUCGGACUUAACUUCAGUAACCUACAUCCAAAGUAUUAUACUUCGUUGAUGGCGGAUAAAAGGUUCAGGAAUAUACCACAAGGCAUUACGUUGCAGUCAGCAUUGGGGAGAAGUUCGAAGGAUAUUUUCUGGUACUCUUGAUCUUAGUUGUGAUAUCGAAAGUUGGAAGGAGCCUUUAUAUAGGCAUUAAUUACACUGGGCGAAAAUAAAUAUAUUUAAGCUGCCAUAAAGUUAUUAUCAGAGGCAUUAGAAACUUACUUCGCCUAUAUCGUCCUCGAUGCUUCACUUGGAAUAAUCACUGUGUUUGUUUAGUAUUCGAAUUGCGAUUGAGUGUCCCAUUCCACCAAUUUUUUUGCUUCAACUAUGGCUUUUUAUAAAAACAGUAUUCUAAUACAAUGUUUCUUUGGAAAUUUUUAUAUGAAAAGAGUAUUUUUUCAAAUCAGUUCAUAUUGAGUUUUUUUUUUUUUUUUUUUUUUUUUUUUUUUUUUUUGU